GGGGACAUUGUUAGUGUCACCGUGAGCUGAGCAACCAAUGCCAAUGGCGAUGGAGCGCAGGCUUGCAAGCAUUGGUCCAGUAUGGUCCAGCAUGGUACACAAGCCUUAAAAGUCACAUUAAAAGCCUGCAAGAUGCAAACGACUAGCCCUUUGCCGACGAUGCAUAACAUUGGGAUGAUGUAACACCGUGGAAGAAUGGAGUCAGAAACUGGUGCGAACGAAGAGUGGUCGCCGAUACGCAAUGAGGGGGACCAUGCUGGGGAAAUGGUCUCUGUGCUUGCGGCAGCCGAAGGCGAGAAUGGUGCCCUCCUGGGACUGGCACGGGGAAUGAUCAUUCCGCUUGUGAAAGAUGACCUGAGCAUGUUGGGGGCCAGCCUGUUUGUCACGAGUGUCGCGCAGGAGGAAAAAGUUGCCCCCCCACCUCCACCCCAAGCCGCAAAGCCCCGGAUCCCCUCCAAGCAGAGCCCCCUGAGAAAGAUACCCAGUUCGAGCACUCUCCUCUCCGUUGCUGCCCGUGACAAUGCACCGGAGCGCAGCUCCAGCCAGCCCCCACAGAGCCGCGUCAACAGGUCCACGCCCCCAUCGAGACCCUCCAAAGCUCUCACCGAGAAGAGGGGGCUCGCCUCUUCCGGUGGGGCUCGUCUGCCAGCAAAAGGGCCCCCCCAGAAGGCGCUUCCUAUCGGCGUCACUAAGAGAAGUGAAAGUGUCGACGGCGCGGCUAAGGCUGAGAGUUUCCUGGCGAACCUCCGAAGUGGGGGCCUUGUUGGCAAGGAGGACGGCACCGAUCUGGUGUUCACUUUCAGCGACGACAGUGAGGACGAGGCCUCGGCGGGGGAGUCGCUCCAGAGCGAGAUGGAGCGCGUUCGGCAGCAGCUGCAGAAACUAGAGGGCGGGAGGAAUGUCCGCGAGGGUAGCGUUCCUGCCGAGGAGAGCGAGAGCAGGAGUAACGGGGGGAGGCCCGAAUCGGGGGGGGGGAACCCAGGGCCCUUGUCCCGGUUUGCUGGGAGACUGGGGCCUCUGAAAGGGUCGUUAGCAGUCGGGGGCAAGGGGUUGGUGGUGUCAGUAAUAGGGGGCCAGAAACCAGGGCCAAACACAAAGAUUGUGGCGAAAGCGGUGUCCGUCGAGACAGCUCUUGAGGAGAUGCGGAGAAAGGUGGCGUCAAUGGAGCAGGAAAUGAAGCAAACGAGCAAGGGGGGACGGCCCGCAACCCCCCCAGUCGGCCAGAAACGGAAAGCGGUCGCGCAACCUGUUGGGGUCAAGGAAGAGAACAAGCGGCCGGCCGGGGGGAGUCCCCAAAAAGUUGCAACUGGAGGUGGGGCACCGGGAGUGUUCGCUCGGUUAGGGGAAGUGAAGGCUGCGCCAGGCGGGGUGGUAUCCCCUAAAACAGUAGUUGGAGUGUCGAACUCCAGCAAAGGUGGUGUGGGUGAGAAGGGGUCAGAAUCUUUGCCGCGGGCUCCCCAGAAGAAACAGACUGUGCUACCGCAAAAGGGUCAAGGUGUGGACGAUGGGUCCCGGACAGGAGUCGGCAUGGUGGAAUUGGAGAGGGGGAAUCCCAAUCCUAAGUCCAAACACAAGCCAGACGAGCCUCAAGGCCCAGUCGCAGUUCCUGCAGCCAAACCAAGCACCACGCUGAUGUCACAGACGGGAAUGAAGGAACUGAGGUCCGCCAAUGUUCCGGCCCCUCUCAAAGAGCCUCUCGAAGGGAAAGGCGCUGCAGAAUCUGGCCGAGCCAGCCCCCCAAAACGGAAAGCCUCCCCUGCUGACGUCUCCCGCCCCCCGCUCAAGCAGCCAAAGCUAGAAAAGGAGCUUACUGGGGUCGCUCUGCAGGCAGCACCCGACGGCGCAACCGCAGCUCCGUUGGGACCCAGGUCCCCUUCGAAGCCUAUCUCUACCCCUCAGGGAAUUACUUCUGGCGAGCCCGCUCCAUCUGUGCCCAAAACCUUGGCCCCCGUUCCAGCGGAGCUGUCAGCAGCCGCCGGUGCGUUGGUGCCGCUCGAGCUCGGGGUGACGUCAGCGGAGCCGGGUGCGACGUCAGCGGAGCGCCAGCUGGCGGCGCUGGCCCAAGAAGAGGAGCGCUGCUGGGCAGGGCUGCGGGAGGGGGAGGCGGAGGCGGCGGAGUGGGGGAGGAAUCGGGAAGAGUUGCAGAGGGCCCUUUCCGAGGCAGAGAAGGCCGAGCGGGAAGCGAGGGAGAGGGUUCUGGUGAUGCGGGAGAAGUUGGAGGCGAACCGGCGGCUACGGGUGGAGCUCGAACUGCGGGACAGGAUGGAGAAGCGGCUGCGGCAGGUGCGUGGGAGGGGGCAACGAGAUGGCGGGACGGAUGCACAAGAGAAGAGGUUAGGUGCAGGAAAUGGUGGUUUGCGGAUCGAGGAUGGUGUGCGGCAGGCAGUGGAGGCGAGAGAGGGGUUAGCAGAGGGGUUAGCUGAGGUUUUAGUGGUGGCCGCCUCGGGCGCGGGUCCCGGAAUCGCAACUGGGGGGGACGGUGCAGUCUGGACGCAUGAGGAGCAUGAAGGGGGGUAUGUGGUGAGCCAGCUGGAAGAGCGCGAGCCGCGCGCAGAACCGGCCAAUCACGUUAGCGGAUUGCCAGAAAAGGCAGGCGUCUCAGGUGGUGUUUCAGAAGUGGUUUCCAGGGACGAGGGGGCGGCAUCUCGGGGGGCAAUUGUUUCAGUCAAGGAGCUGACUGCCGAUAGGCGGGGAGCGCACGGAGCGGCCCGAAGGCAUGCAUCUCCAGAGGCUGCGGGAACGUAUGCAGCUUUGCCAAGCGGUGCUGGUGAGACGAAGCAGCGUGAAGUUCCGGGGGGGCUAGCGGUUGGGGAUCCAGUUACCGUGGCCUCAGUGCCGGAGUUCGAAAGAGACAUCGCGGACGGCCGAAAAGCGCCCGGGGGGGCAAUCUCCGGGGAGACAGCGCACGGAGAAGGAGCCACUGAGAGGCGUAGUUCGAGUGCGGAUCUGCGGGGGGGUCGAGACGUCGGUGCGCCAGACCGUGUCGGCGAGCAAGCCCCUGGUGCAGGUGCCCCCGGGCAGAAGGGAGGACUUAGCAAGGGACUGAUGGAGAGCCCGGUAGACUUGGCCGGGACGGAUUUGCCUCAGCCUAUCGGAGGGGAGUCGCCGGAAGGUUCCGCGUUUUUAGUCGUAUCGAGCUCGGAGGCGCGGAAGGGGGAGCGGGAAGGAGGGAGCCAAGGGGGAGCGGAAGGUCUAAGAGUCCAAGCAAUUGCAGCGGGAAUGCACGUUUUCGUGGAGUCCGCACAACCAGCGGCAGAGAGCGGCGCACGCUUGGGCCAAGUAGCAGAGAAAGGGGCUCGUGCAGGGGGGCAAGAAGUAGGGAGAAAACGUCCCCCUGAGAGUGACGGGAAAGCGCCGGUUCGGUAUCGGGUGGAGGCGGACGGCCAUCUGCCGAAGAGGUUGAGAGGGGAGGAGAAGGAGGGGCCGAGUGAGGCGGAUGGUGAAAACGGGUUGGCUGCGAAGGAGACGACCGCGCGGAACGAUCCAGCUCUUACUGCCGAUGUGCUCUCAGAGCCUCUGCCUGAAUCAAUUCCAGCGCUUGCGUCAAGCGCCUCGCUCGAAGUGGAGCCAACCCCCAUUGAGGCAAGCACGUCGACUUCUCCGCACCACAGCAGCUUCGAAGUCAGGGGAGCAUCUCCGAAGUGCGGCUCCGAACCAGCCCCCAAGUCCGUUAAUCCAUCGAUGCCUGAUACACCGAGUUCCUCAAAAGCCCCCCAAUCCGCAGAGGCUCUAAAUCUGGACCCACGGCAAAACCUCAAACCGUUGGAUGCGCCCAAACCCCCAAACCCGCUCCAAGAGCGACUUGCCACGCUGCUGGCCGAAACCGCUCCCCCGGGGGGUGCUUUCACAGGGGCGCUCACAGCCUUCCGGUCGUUCCGGCUGACCCCCCAGUACGGAACGGUUUGGGGACGGAAGCUUGAGUCGCUGACGUGGAGCAACGCCGUGCUUCCAAACUGGCCGCUGUGUGCGACGGAAGUAUUGUCCGGGCGGUGCAGCGAGAAAGGGUGCGAGUAUCAGCACGCCCGCGACUACGUGCUGAAGGAGAAGGGGCUGUUGGCGCAACUUCGAGGGUACGGCGCGGCAACCGACACCCUGCGAGGAAAAGAUACCGAAAACAAGGUCACGACUCUUGAAGAACGCGCCGCGCAAGUGGUGCAACAAACCUGGCGAAAGGGCAUCACGGCCCCGUUCCUGGUCGAGCCAGCACUCAAAAAGUGGAACGAAGCGCCCAUUCCAAUCUACCGCGUCGGCAACUACCUGAUGGACCACCGAGAAAGGCCCCUCCCGAGCGGCCGUGGUUUCAGCACGCCCCGCGCCGUCGCCUCCCCGGUUCUGUCCCCCGGGCUUGUGCGGCCGGUCACUGCGGGCAUGCCGUUUAUAGGCGAACUAGAGCGGGAGGACGACGGGACUGCGCCGUCGACGUGGCGGUACUGGGAACGGGUGGAAGCGGUAGAGAACGGGGACGGGAACGAGUCCUGGGAGGAGGCUCUUCAACGGGCUUUGGACAUCGUCGACAACAAUCUGGAGACCCGAAACACCGAGAAGCUGGACCAGGCGCUGGCGAUUUUAGCCCGCGCCCUCGAGGGGAACCGGCAGGUGCCCUGUCUCUGGGCCGUGUAUCUGGAGCUCUUCAUACGGAGGGCCAAGGACGACCAAGAAGCUGUGGAGAUGAUGGAGGCAGCAGUCCGCUUCAACCCUAGCUCUUACGCGCUGUGGGUCUUCUACCUCAACACUCGAACCACUCUCGAAGGCAAGCUUCGCAUCUGCCAGCGCGCGUGUUCUAGCAUAACCUCCUCCUUAACCACGCGGGUUAAGGAGGACAGCGACCCUGUUAACCUUAGCGCAGCCCUGUUAGACCUCACUCUCCGACAACCGCACCUCCAUUCAGAAUCAGGCGACCAUCAAGCGGUUAUCGCCGAAGUCCAAUCAUUGCUCGCGCAAGCAACCGCAGAUGCGCCGUCGCACGAAACACAAGUAGAAAACGCCGGGCGUGUGUUUCUGAGUGGCCUAACCCCCUCGGAUAGUGUCGUGCUGUGGGUUAGUUGCGCGCAUUUGCUAGCAUACGGAGUCUUACCGAACUGCACCUCCUCUAGGCUCGGCUUCGCGCAAGUCUUGGUGUCUCCAGAAGAAACGUGGCUUGACCAGUCUAGGCUUGAACUCAUCCGGGGGUCAGAGGUGGCCGUUUUACACGUCUUUCAAAUCGCAGCCAACGAAUUUAGUUUCAGAGCGAGCGAAAGCAAGGGCGGGUCUGAGGAAGCGACGCACGCGUGGCGGCUGGGUCUCCAAUCUUUGGCGAGCCAUAGCGUAUCUGUCACGGGGCUCAUAUUGGGGGUUGACCAGGCGCUCGCGGUGUGUGACCAGCUGUUAGAAGUUUACCCGGGGCAUACGGACUUGGCAUACAGGCGCGCAACGAUGCUAUUGCGGACAACGCCCGUGAGCGGCCAAAACGGACGUCCGGAAAAGAAGAGCGACGGGGAGGUCAGCGAGGCGCUCAAGAGCUUGCUCCCCAUAGCGGAAUCGCUCAACGGAACGGAAUCAGCAACGGAAGCGGAGGGCGACCAGUACCUAGCGGUUCUGAGAUGCGCCGAGCUGCUGCGAGAGUGGACAUCAGACGAAGCCGCGUUGCGGUUUCUGCAGCGGACGCUACACGGGUCGCCGAAAGACUGCGUGGAGGCUCUCUGCUGUUGCGCUCUAAAGGCGUCUCUCGAAGGCGACCAACUUCAAGCCAACGAGUUGGCGAAGUCGCUGGAAGCGCUCGCGCAGUCGCGCGAACACGUCCGGCUCGUCGCGGAGCAGCGCGCGACAUUCGCGGCUGACGUCACCUCGGACGUCGCGCUGGCCGCGCUGACGUCACUCUUGCCACGUGGCUCGGGGGGGGCUCGGUGGCCCGCCCUCGAGCUGCGCCCUUUGGCGCCCCCUUGGGAUGACGUCACGAGCGAGGGCUUGAGAGAGCAACUCCGUCACGCUUGGUGGAACAAGACCGCCUGGGACUACUCUUUGGUGAACCACGUCAUUUCCGCAUGGCUGCCGGAGAUCAAAAGCCUCCUCAACGGACGCGGGGGUGAGGUUUCGCCGGAAAGAGUACAAGAAUUAGUUGCCGCUCUAGAGCACCUUUUGCGGUGCACCCCUGGAAACGUCGCCCUCAGCUUAGCAAGCGGCAAGCUUGGGCUAAAGAGUAGUUCCGACGGGCCCGCAAUUCGGGCUGAGCUAUUUGAGUCGUGGAGCAUCCCGCUCGUCUUCGAGGCGUUGGUUCUAGCACAACCGAGAGCCGAAAGUGGGUUAUGGGACGAGUUGGCGAAACGCUGUAGAGAGGCGGGAGAAGAGAGGGCUGCGGAGGAGCUUCGCUUGGGCGGGGAGGGCUGCAACGGCAGGACGACCGGAAGCCUCAGGGCGUACGGCAUGAAGGGUCGUUUCCAGUCUGAGAUGGUACUUGAUGAAUUGUUGAAGAUUGGUUGUCGUCAAAGCUUUCUGGAGCCGCUCAAGAAAGAGAUCAAGCAUCCAAGAUCAAACGGCAAAGCGAACAAAAGAAAUCAUGACGGCCCGCUCAGGCAAGGCGUCGUUCGUUCAUCGAAGGGCUAUAGGGCGGGCGCGGCCACUCGCUACCACUAG